ACUGUAUGUAGGCGCUUUUUGUGUUUUUCAAGCCUGAUGUGGUGUUCACUUUGAGUAAAUGAGCGAAUGUAUGAAUGUACAUCAGUGUAUGAAUAAACGCUCUCCCUCUCCUGGAAACACCAGCAACACAACACAACACACCACACACGCCCCCCUUCUCAUUUCAACAGCGUCAACCUCAGCGGCCUUCAGUUGUGCCGGUCCCCCAUGGAUGGAUUGGCUGCUAGGGAUGCAUGUCAGCAAGCGUUCCUUGCCUGGUCCGGCUCCGUCUAGUGCCAGUGCCAGUGCCAGUGCCAGCCCAGUUCAGUUGAGUGCCUUGAUUGCCUUUUUCAUGCUAACGAAGCUUGCAGAGACUCUCCAUCAAAUGUACAGUACUCAACUCUCACAAAAGCCACCGCUAGCGCACCACCAAAAUAAAUCCGGGGUCCCAGCCAGCUGCGUGUAUCGUAUCGCAUGUACGUAUCGCAUGUACUUGUACCUGUACUCGCCGGCUGCCCGCGCCUGCAGCCAAUGCUUGGUACCCACACCCUCUUCCUCUAGGUCCUAGUACCUCCACUGUCCACUCACUGCACUUGCACUUACACUUACACCCAAAAGAAUCAUUGAAACCUCCACUCGUUGCUACUGGAGCAUGGAGGUACCUACAUCAAAGUACACGACUUUUGACUUAACUCGGCUCCUGUCCACCUUUUCAUCUUGGCCUCACCUUUCCGUACUUACUUCCCACGAUCCCACAAU